UGGACGUGUAAAGGAUCGGACCUAGUAUAUUUCCUUGUGGAACGACAUCUUCAAUUGGCGUGAUGGUUGAAAAUUCAUUGCCGAUUUUCACUUUAAACCAUCGUAGAGGAAGGACUUGGCGAUGAGAUAAUAGAUAAGAUGGAGGAUACAUUUUAGCCUGAGGAGGCUUCAUUUUUAAGAUUACGUUGCUGAGGCCCACCCAGCAAGCACCUAUUUGUAGACCCAAAUUGAAUAAGGUGUGCUCGUGCUUAGUGUGUGGUGCCUAGACUUUUUUUUUAAUCGAGUGUGUGGGUUUGGAAUUUGUUAAAGUGACUAUCAGGUGGGAAAGUGGGACCAAAAGUUUUCAUCCACGGUAGGACGUUAUUUCACAUAUGCACUGGUCAGCUUGACAUGCACAGACUCCGUGGUAGGACUAGAGUGUUUCGUGGCCGUGGGAAAAAGAACCGUCCACAUCGACUUGUCGUCGUAAUCGAACAAGUGCAAUAUCAAGACAUGGCAUUCCUUCAAGUACCGCAUUCUGCUCUGCCCGAGAAAAACAGCAAAGACCCUCCCUGCACUGUCUGCUGAGUGUUGUGUGCAGAGGUAAAACAUAUUCGCACACCCUUCAAGAACAGUGAAAUCUAAGGACAUCAGUGCCAGUAUUUCAGUUUUUUGUUUUAUCAUUUUUUACAUCAGUUUUUGAUUCGGUCUAGCUGAUUACCUGGAUUGCUAUUAGAAAAGGACUGUGCUAUGGACCUCUUGCUGUCGCAGGAGGAUUUAUCCCCGUCGAUGGCCAACCAUUGGAAUUUCGACACUGAAAGAAUGGUUCCUAAAAGAAAACAAUGGUCUGAUGACAACACCCCAAACAAAACAAGAAAAUUAAAUGGAGGGCAGGUCAGCCCCUGGGACCAGGUAGAAGUCCUGUCCGUCGACUUGGACGGGAGUUGCAGCCUGACUGGAUUAAAUGUCGACCUUACCUCACCUAACUUUACAAACAGUGAAGCCCUUCUAUCACUUCCGUCUCUUUCUGCUUUCAAGCAAGAACUUCUUUCACCCUUCCAUGGCCAAGAGGGAACUAAUGGUGAAAUAAAUGUACCGGUUAAUACAUGCAAUGAACCAAUCCAACAAUGCUAUUGUGAAGAGGCGAAUGAUCAAACGGUGUCGAAAGAUUUCAAAUUGGGCGAGCAAUCUCCUAACCAAAGUGAUGACAGCAGCAAGGCAGUGGUGUUAUCAACUCCUGCUACUUCUGCCACCACCCCAUCAGCUGAAGAUUGCAGAUUUCAGUACGUGUUGGCAGCGGCCUCUUCGAUCGCAACCACAGUCAGCGAAGAAACGCUGACUUACUUGAACCAGAGACAGCCUUAUGAGAUCAAACUCAAAAAGCUUGGUGAUCUGUCAGAAUAUCGUGGAAAAAUACUCAAAAGUGUUCUCCGCCUAUGCUUCCUGGAAAGAAAACUACAAGUUAUGGAAAAAGAACUCAUGUCGGCAUGGGUGUCAACUCAUCCAGGAGACUCAAUACUUGAAGUGGAUCACUCAUUGUCCUAUGGAAUUUUUGGUCUGUCGAGUGAAAAGUUCAACUCAGUCGAAUUUCUAUGGGACCCGACCAAGGAGGUCGGCGUUUACAUAAAGGUAAACUGCAUCAGUUCAGAAUUUACUCAGAAGAAGCACGGUGGAGAAAAAGGUGUCCCUUUUCGAAUUCAAGUUGAAACAUACCACGGUGUAGGACAAGUUCGUAGACUCCAUGCUGCAUCGUGCCAAGUGAAAGUUUUCAAAUUAAAAGGAGCUGAGCGCAAGCAUAAACAAGACAGGGAGAAGUUUCAGAAAAGGUCGUUGGCCGAACAAGAAAUUUAUCAGCGCUCAUACGAAUGCACCGUGCUAACAGAUAUGGUGGUAAAUAAUGAUAGUUAUUCUUUGCCAGAAAUAACUAGUUCAUCUUCGCCCAUCCUGUCUAGUUCAGAUAUGGCCGGAUUCAGGCAAGUGCUGACCAACAGCCCUUCGACCAGCAGAGAAGAAGCCAAACCACAAUUGGACUUACAAACUCCUCCAAACAGCCCUAAGCAGGGGUUUGAGGUAGGCAACGGUACCAGUCAGUACGACUGUGUGAACGCAAGUUGGGGACCUCAACAAGUGGCCCUUUGGCUUACUUUAAACCGGUACGGCACACACAUCCACCAGACCCUGUCGACAUACUCUGGUGCUGACCUACUCCGCCUUUCUAAAGAGGACCUGAUACAACUGUGCGGCCUGUCUGAUGGCAUACGCCUACACAAUGCCAUUCAUUCCAAAUGCAUCAUACCAAAACUGACGUUGUACAUAUGCAUCAACCAAAAGGAACAAGUGUACCAGGUCAUCUACCUGAAAUCCCUGACAAAGUUGGAACUGCUCGUCAAAAUCUGUCAGAUUCUCAAGAUAGACCAGGUACAGGUCUCGUCAGCGUACCUGCAAGGGCCGAACGGUAUUAGGGUGCUGAUGACCGACCAGCUCAUAACGCACAUCCCCGAUCAUACACUCUUCACCAUACACUUAUCACACGAUGGGCCAGAUCGUUACGAACUUCUUUGCAAAGAAUCAGAAAUUAAAUCCCCAGUGUAAUCCUAAAUAUUUCCAUAAAAAUAUAUAUUUUUUAUAUUUUAAUAAUUAAAAUUGUGGACCAAUAAUGAAUAAAAUAAUGACUAUUUGUAAUAUAGAUAACAGUUUUUGUCUGUAAACUCUCAUCGUGAUAGGACGAGAUUAAGCACAAUUAUUGAACUCAAACUUGUGAAAAAUUCUUUGCAUAACAAUAUUGACAAUAAAAUAUCACCUACUUAUUUGCAAUUAUUGGUUUUUAAACAACAUGUAAGUAAAAAAUAUUUUAAUCAAUCAAAGAUUGUCACAUUGUAAAACAAGGAAUUUUAUCUUUAUUUCAAUAGGUACUUAUUUUGCUUUUGUUAAUUUUAUAAUUGUGUUAGUAUAUAGAUAGACUUAUAUUUUAGAUCAUGAUAGUAUGAAAAAUUUAGAAUUGUUUUGAUUUUAUUAACUAUCAAUGCCACAGGUCUGUGAGUAAUUUUAGUUAAUUUUGGGCACAACUAUUUUGCACGCUAGUCAAACGUCAGACUCCAAAUCAAAAAUUUUUCCUUCAGCUUGUUCUUAUUUCAUAUAAGCCCGUUAUUUUUUUUUUUUUUUUUAAGUUAUCCACCAGUCAUUCCUGUUGCCCAGGAGUGUUUUCAAAAUUUACCGUUUGCAUCUUCUUGGUUUAGGAAGUUUUCCUUAUCACUUUACAAUUUGAAGUAAGAUGAAUAAAAGAAAUAUAUUUGACUGCGUUUUUUUAUUCCUUAAUGACAUGUUUAGACUACUGAUUUUUCAUUGAUCAAAGUCAAGAGUCUGAUAGAGCAGCUGCGAUAUUUUGGGGAAAAAAAAUCAGCAACUUUAUAGACAUAAAAUUACCUGAGGUAUGUUACUGUGUAUCUCAGGUGCACCACAGUGGUCGUUUUAAGUAGGAUCUUAUAUCAUUUAAAAACUAAUAAGCCUGAUUGUAUGAAAAUAUUCUAUCAGUGAAUAUCUAGCAAUCACAUUAUAUGAUUUUUUUACUUUUAACUUAUUUUUAUCAGUCAGGUGUGGCUGUUCCCAAUAGAUAUCCAAAUUAGUCGUAUUGAAAUGUGUGGUGAUUAGUGACCGUUAAUCGAUAAUUUUCUGAAUAAUUAGUCGUAUUUUUGUGUUUCAUACUUCAGUUCUUUGAAUUUCUGCCAGGUCUUUGAAUCUUUCAUAACUCUCAGCAGCAUUAAUCUCUGUACUCUUCUUAACAUUUGAAAAAUAUGUUUAUUGCUUUUGAAGUGCUAUGUGCAUUUUAGAAUCAUAAUCCAAUGUUUCUUUUAUGUCCCUAGAGAUUAGCAACAAACUUUCUUUAAACCUGAUUUUUCCAUCUACAAUGUACAUAUUGUAAGUUUUUCUUUUACUGGGUUUUCAUUCUUUUCCCUUUGUCCUUGCAAACAAGUUUAUAAACUGUAUGUCAAUAUUAAACAAUUAUUUUAUUAGUUUUUCCAGUAUAUUUCUUGGAUUUUGCCUGGUAGACAGAAUGUGCCUCACACUUUACGCUUGCUAGAUGGAAUGAUGGCUCAGGAGGUGUGCAUUUUCCUAGUUUCUAUCCGUUUUGUUCAUGUUAAAUAAAUAAAAACAGAAAAAAUGAGUAAACAUGGAAUAAUUAGGAUUUAGUUUCUAAAAUAAAUCAACUUUAAAGAAUGUAUUUGAGAGACUGACCUGUGGCGUUAAGGUUGAAAACUUUUUUUAACGUAUACUUUAAACUGUAAUAUCUCCAAUCAUAAACUUCGUAACUGAUUAAGUUAGUUAUUAGCUGAAUUAUAUUUUUAAUUAUUUUUUUUUAAAUUUGUUUAGUCUGUUGGUGGGUUUUUAUUGACAAAUUUUCCUCCAAGCAACAAUUUUAAAACUGAUAUUAAAAACCAGAAGGUGAUGCAAAUGAAAAUAAAAGAAAAAAAAAUUAUAAAUUGAAACCAUAAAUAUUUUUUCAUUUGCAAAAUAUAUUAACUAGGAGCUUCUUUUAUUUAAACUUAAAUAGAAAAACAAGAAACUUAAAAUUUAAUGUAAUGUGAGAAUUAUAUAAGCCAUAAGGCUAAUGAAAGGGUGGAUUUUAUGUUUUUAGUACUUUGUUCGUAUGUACAUUUUUAUUUUUAUUUUUAGCUAAAAUAACAGUUUAGUCUUGACUUUAUAAAAUUAAAUAUGGAAUAUAACAUUAAAAUUAUUUUGUUCAAUUUGGACUGUAUUUGUGGUAAAGGGUUUAUUAUUUUGUUAAAUUUUUGUUUUGUUUUUGAGAUUUAUGAAAAAUGUUAAAUAGUUUAAGUAAUCAAAAUGUUAACAAAAGACCUUCAAGUGUCUUUUUAAUUGUUACCUGACAUAUUGAUAAUUUAUAAGGGAAUUUAUUUUUAUGUAUUGUUAUUAAUCGUAGUCUGCUCAAUUAACUCGUGACUAACAAAUAAAUUUUUAGAAAUA